AUGGGAGAGUGGAACCAAAGACAGAUCGGAGACCGGGGCCUUCUCCUAGCCGCUUGGCCCCUGUUGAUGAGGUGUGAGAGCAGGCUUGGCAUCAAGAAGCCCUUCAAUGCCUUAGGAUGCUUCAAAGCAGGUCGUCAGGCGAAGGUACUUCAGUUUGUCGUUAGGGGGUACCUUGAGGGCCAUAGACGGCAAGUGCUCGCACGGCAGGAUAGUCGGCAGAACGGCUCUGGUGUUGAGCCUCGAAGCCGGGGAUAUGACGAAACGGGACAGCAGGGCCAAGAGUUCGAAUCAAGAAGCGAGGUUUUGCGAAAACUGGGGAACUGCUCCGUAAUCGUGGAUACGACACUAUCGGAACUCGGCGAGGGUCUUUCCAGGAACGGGACUCCGGCCCGAGUUCCUUUGACAGAAAGAACUCCGGCAAUGCGGAUUGGUCGGCCGGACGGGGCUGUAAUAUGGGUGCAUGUGAUGGAGGACAACCGCCCGCAGUCAGGAUGCUUGACCGGGGAAGCGCAGCAGCUGAAGCUUCCUUCACACCCGCCUUCGACGCCGUCGGCCGAUGCAGUCAUGCAACCUCCUUCCGAGCGUUCCUGGCACACGCCGGUACGCAGUAGGGCCGACCUCGACGUGGAGCCUCAUCUCAGCCCCAAGCGGACGACUCUGCUACGGAAAAUCUGCGCAAUUCGGAUCCAUCAACUUUGCAAAGAUAACGCGCUCCUGCGCAUCAACGCAUCGUUUAUCGAAGAGAUUUUGAGCCAGUUGAAGGUGGAACGGCGGCGGUUGAACGUCGGUCAAAAUGUCCUUUCCGGGCCCAUUAAAAAGGAGCAAACGGCCGUGAACCCGAUGCCCUGGUCGGAGAGCCGGAUCUGCAGGCCUGUUCUUGGCAGGGCGGAUGUUUUCGUGGAAACAUUCUCAGAUUCAUACAACUUCCGACGUCGAUACAUCCGAGCACAACCACGGUCCCGGUCGCCUCGUGCUCUUCUCCUCCUGGCUCCUUAUGUCGGCUACCCUGGUGUCGGCUGA